UAUACAAUGUAGCUGGUGGAAAGAGCACUGUGAUCGCUAUUAGAUCGUUUCGUCAGGCGGGAAAUUUCUAGGGUUUAUCAUUUUCUAGGGUUCUAGACGAUGAAGAGGCAGCAUCCUCCCGACGACGACGAGGACGGUCGCGGCAAGCCGAAAGCCAGGGAAGAUCAAGCCCAGGCGCUCGACUUGAAUGCGACUCCGCGAGGAUUCGAUCUCAAUGCGCCAUUUUCGGAAGAAGAGGGGCAGGAGUGGAUUGCUGGCAGUGGCCAGGAGGAUGCUUUGCAUCGCGAGAUUUUCAAGCAGCAUCUGGAGCCAGCAGCUGAUUUGGGAAUUGACGAAGAUUUGGAUAUUCUACAUUCGAUUUGGAGCGCGUGGACACAGGAAAAUUGGCAGCGGCUAGACGAGAUUCUGGAGUCUGUGCUUGAUGAAAUCAGCAGAUUUCCAUCCUCGCCUCCGAGAUAUCAGUACCUUACUUGCUUUUACAUUUCCAAAAAGCUGCCAAACGCUUUCUGUCUUCCAAGAACAUACAAGGCUUUGCUUUCCUUCCUUGAUUCAAGUCCAUCUGAGGCUUCUACAAAGAAACAAAACUUUCUACCUGGUUUUUCUUGCAAGCUCUUGUUUCGAGCUUUUAAUGAAAAGCCCGAAUGGCCUUUAGAAUUUGUGCAGGCCUACUUAGACGAUGCGAUCAACUUGCGUAACUGGGUGGACAGUGAGCACUGCAAAGAGUUUGUCGCUAACAUACUUACGUCAUUUGAUGAGGACCUGACAGUGGGCACGGAAGAUCCAUCAGAUGUCAAGGGCGAUACUGCUCAGCAGUGUAGCCUUAAAAACCGAUACCCUGGGGACGAAAUUCGUCAGAAGGCUAAGGCUGAGUUUAUGCAAGCCCUCAAUCAUCUCUUAAAGGUUCCAUUGAUCAAAGAAAAUCCCCGUAUUCUAAGGAUGUUGACACUAGGUGUAAACUACGAAGAAGUUCGGGUCAUUGCAUCAAGCAUGAUGGAGGGCUGGUUGAAUACUCCCUUCCAUUUUCGUCGCGCGAAACUUCUGCUGGAUCGUGUUCUACAUUUUACAAAUGGCACAACAAUGAAAGAUUUUGAAACGGUUGCAAAUAUUUUAUCUCUACGAUUGAAUCAGGGCGUUUCUCAGAUGAAGAAUGCGUCGACCUCGUUUUAUACAGAGCUUGUCAUUCAGAUAGUUCAGAAAAGACCAGAAUACUCGUCUCUGGCAUUAAAGACAUUUCUUACCGCGGAGCUGAAUUCGACGGGCCCCCAUAAUAUGAAAGGCAUUUCAGUUGUUUUAAAGGCUUUGCCGGAUUCGCUUUCUCCGGAGAGAGCUUUGGCGUUAGUGAUCAAGGAAUUGGUUUUAAGUGACGAUCAUGUAGGACGGCUGCAGGAAGCCGUGACCAGGGUUUUGAAGCAACUAAAAGAGAUUAGCCCUUGUCUCUUAUGCCGGGCUCUACUUGAACCCUGGGAUUCUAUAUUGCAGCAGCAGGAUUCAGCCAGGCAGUCAUGGUUCAAGCAGGUGAUAGAGCUAUCAUGCCAUUUUCUGAUUCAAGCGGCUACUCCUUUUUCCUCCGAUGAAAAAUUUCUCGUUGCCAUUUCUGCGACUGGAAAACGAUCUAGAGAUGAAUCUCUCAAGGAGAUAUUGCCUCUUUUUAAAGAUCUCAGCAUGAAGAUUAUGACCUUUCAAGAGGAAGCGUUAACGUGGUGUGUUGACGUGCUUAGCUCACAGCUAAGCGCUGGAGAUUGCAAGUUUUUCACUACUGCUGUACAGAAGCUUAUGUUCUUAGAACCUGUUGAGGAAUAUAACUUAUCAUCGUCGAGUGGUACCGUCGAGCUAAACUCUUUCCAGCUUGUUGCAUUCUCCAUGCACGCUUCCGAGGAAGUACUUGCGCGAAUAAUUUUGAUGGGAAUAUCGAAUCAGUUCCCGAUGCAGCAAGAAGAUGCUCUUCACAUAAUUGAGAAGCUGGUGUGGCGGGCGGCCGCUUCGGAUAAGCAUGCCUUCGGGACGCUGUUUGCUGAUAGCUUGCAGUUACCUGCAGCGAUUAUGAAGCUUUCAUCGUUUUACUUACCAAGUGUCUCUCGGCAGCCAUUGCCGCAACUUGUCAUAAAAGAUUUGUACUGGAGGUCUUGCCUAGUUAUUAUAGUUAUCGCUGCUUAUAAUCCAGCGACUAUUGGUAAGAGCGUUUGGGAGAACUUCCCAUCAGUCAGAUAUCUUCUGCAGUACCUUAUAACAGAAGGCACAAAGUCGGGUUUGUCGGCAGCAGAUAUCCUUGAAGACAAAGAGGCUGUACUAAACGAUAUCAAGGCUGAGGAAAUAUUAGACUCUUUUCUGAUAAAAGAGUUGGAAUGCGAGCCCACGAAUGUGAUGGAACCAUGGAAAGGAAAUAUCAUGCUCUUAAACACCCAGACCAAUCGAAGAAAACCUCCAACUUACAUUUUGGAAGAGCUAAAAGAUAUCGAGCCAUCUUAUGACUUGGGCAGAAGGAUCCGCUCCUGCACGGAACCAAGCUUUUUGUGUAAUACGGUCAGUUCGCAGCAGGACUUCAAGGAAGCCUGGGAAUGGAUCCAGAAGGUCGCGGGAAAACAGCCAGAAGUACUGGGAAUGCUGCCUUGUGAUUGGCAGGUAACUUCGUUUUCAGCUCCUAAACUUUAAUAAUCAGAA